UGUAUGUGUUUCUUUUUUAAAAAGCUUGUUAUAACUUUUAAAUAUAAAUAAGUAUAAUAAAUCUCAUCAAUCGACAGUAGUGGAACAAUGGCAGUUCGUGCACAAUUUGAGAAAAACAACGAAGUUGGUGUUUUUGCCAAAUUAACAAAUACCUAUUGUUUAGUGGCAAUCGGCGGAUCGGAGAAUUUUUAUAGUGUUUUUGAGUCAGAAUUGUCUGACACCAUACCAGUCGUUCAUGCAUCUAUUGCCGGCUGCAGAAUCAUCGGACGGAUGUGUGUUGGUAACAAACAUGGACUCAUGGUUCCUAACUCAACGACAGAUCAAGAAUUACAGCAUAUCAGAAACUGUCUUCCAGAUUCAGUGAAAAUACAAAGGGUAGAAGAAAGAUUAUCUGCUUUGGGAAAUGUUAUUUCAUGCAAUGACUAUGUUGCGCUUGUGCAUCCAGAUUUGGAUAGAGAAACUGAAGAAAUACUUGCAGAUGUAUUGAAAGUUGAAGUUUUUCGUCAAACUGUUGCGACGCAGGUUCUAGUUGGGAGUUAUUGUUGCUUCACCAAUCAAGGUGGCCUGGUACAUUCUAAAACUUCAUCUGGAGAUCAAGACGAAUUAUCAUCUUUAUUACAAAUCCCGCUUGUGGCUGGCACAGUAAAUCGAGGCAGUGAUGUUAUCGGAGGUGGUAUGGUUGUGAAUGACUGGUUUGCUUUUUGUGGCCUUGACACAACAAGUACAGAAUUAUCUGUUAUUGACAGCGUUUUCAAACUUGGUGAUCAGCAAAGUAGUGCACUCACCACACAAAUAAGAGAUUCAUUAAUUGACACAAUUGUAUAGUAGCUAAUGUCUAUGAGCCACUGCAUUUUAUACACUGGCUAUUGUAAAUCCAAUUGUAUAUAUGCAAAACAUGCAAUUUUCACCGGGCAUCUUGAUAAUCAGUAUGGAUAAUACUACAGCAGAUAAGUUCCACGCUCGUUGCAUUUGUUGGCAAAAUUUAAAUACCUGGACCUUGGCUGUAAUAAUAUGAUUGGGACUGAUAAAAAGUCUGAGUAACUUUUAGGAUGAGAUUGUAGUUGACUUAUUUUUUCAAGAUUUAUCUGUAAUGCAUUUCAAAUUGCAAUGCCGCAUAUUUUAAAUUGAUCGAUUAGGUACUAUGUAUCAUAAAUUGGAAAGCAUUCAGCUUGUAAUGAUUUGACUGACAAUUACAGGAGAUAAAAUCGUAACUUCAGUUAUUGAACUUUUGAGAACAUUCAUAAAUUUAAGUGAUCAAGCUCGAACUAACCCCUUCUUGGUAACGGUUUCCAUAGGUACGUAGACCAAGUUGAUUGUGUGUUAUUCAAAGUUGAAAAAUGAUAGCAAUUGCUCAAUAAAGACUCUGGUGAAUCCAUA